CAACUUCGAGCCAACUCUCUCAUGCCUGCCACCGAGUUGUUCGUCCAGUCAAGCGCAACAGUAUCCCACAGUGAGAAACGUCUUCUGCGAUGGAUUUCGUAUUUAGCAGUCGUAAUGGGCACUUUGGCAUGUGAGAAGAUGAAGACGGCAUAACAAUUUGUUUCUCACGUAGAUCGAUCAAUAUCGGUGCGCAGGGACUGAACCAUCAAGUCAACAUGUUUUGAUAACCUCGGUAAGACCAACAGACACGGUUGCGCAAUCGAGUUGCCCAGCAUAUAAGAAGGAUCAUACAGCGAAAGACAUUUCUAAAAAGAACUGUGGAAUUAGUAUCCUUGUAGGCAACCGCAGUGCGUCGAGAAAUGGUCGUCUUUACAUCUUUUUCAAAACAAAAUCUAUGGUUGAUGCAUGUGAACACAAAGCGUGUUUCCAUAAUUUUUUUUAAACUUUCAAAACAGGUUAUUUGGAGACAGGUUGGAGUGACUUGUGGAGACCGUGUUAACACGGCUUGACAGAAGUUUGAAAAUGACUUACCGUCCACUCUCGGACUUCCCUAUGAAUGCAAUUCUGGGGCAACAGUAUCCUUUCGUCCCAGUUGUUGGGUCUUUUCCGUGCGUACCGGGGAAACUCACACAGGACCGGAUCGUGGGCAACCCUGCGAACAGCAUCCAGUCUCCCUUCCGGGAAGAAAAUGCUAAAGCUGCGCAUCUUAUUAAACUAAGAACACGUGAAGCAGAGACUGAGGUUGAGGAUGACCCAGUGGUUCACAUAGAAACCAAAGAUUUGUGGGAGCAAUUCCAUAAAUGUGGGACUGAAAUGGUGAUCACAAAAUCCGGGAGACGAAUGUUCCCACCAUUUAGAGUAAGAUGUUCUGGUUUUGACAAGAGAGCGAGUUAUAUUUUGUUGAUGGACAUUGUGGCAUCAGAUGACUGCAGAUACAAAUUCCACAACUCUCGCUGGAUGGUGGCUGGGAAAGCGGAUCCAGAGAUGCCCAAGCGAAUGUGCAUUCACCCAGAUAGUCCAGCCACUGGAGAACACUGGAUGUCCAAAACAGUCAGUUUUCAAAAACUGAAGCUGACCAAUAAUAUGUCUGACAAGCAUGGAUUUACGAUUCUAAACUCCAUGCACAAAUAUCAGCCCAGAUUCCAUGUUGUGCGGGCAAAUGACAUCCUCAAACUUCCAUACAGUACCUUCAGAACAUAUGUCUUUCCGGAGACGCAAUUUAUUGCUGUGACUGCAUACCAAAACGACAAGAUAACACAACUGAAGAUUGAUAACAAUCCAUUUGCAAAAGGAUUUCGUGAUACUGGAAAUGGAAGAAGAGAGAAAAGGAAACAAUUAAUUUUGAAGACAGUACGCUCCAGUGGCCUAAAUUCCAACGACGUCCCAACUGCAGUAGAUCGAACUUCACCAACCUCUCCCCAAAUAAGGCCUGUCGUCACAUCCACAUUAAAAGAAACCAGUGACAGUGAAGCCGAUAGUGACGAGGAUGAAAAUAAUCCUACUAUCAAGGAUGGUCCAGACCCAUUUGAAGUAUCCACAACUACAGACAUCCCACAAUUAAGCAAUGAGCAUACUAAGGCCAAACUCAACUUCGGUGGCACCCAAAGACUCCGGUUUGAGAGAAACUCUGAGAAACACGCCGAGAAUCUUGAGAGUGAACCUAAAGCGGAAAAUGAUUGGCCUACUAACGAGGGGAGAGAAUUCCAGAAAAAUCAGCUACAACAACCCCACAUUAUUUACACCCCAGGGAUGAUAGAACAGCACUUUCUGAGUUCUCUAAAUUCUACUAACAAUGUUUUAAUUCACCCAACGCCAUUUUACUAUGGACGGAACAUCUCCAGUUUGAUGUCUGAAGGAAUGAGCACCUUGGACACCGGCAGACUGUCAUCAUCACAGGGGAGAAAUGGAACGUCAGGAUUAGCCACUCACGUUCAACAACCAUCUUUGUCGUCUCCACAGGUAAGGAAAAUCCGUUCAAUCCACUUUCCGAUAUUCUUUGUUUGCACUCAGGUAUAUUUACGCAGUUGAAUAAGUGGUGCGUUUUUACGCACGGCUUUCCUACGAUUCUUCUCAUGUCCUCUCGGUCACACAAUGUCCACGUUACAUGCCUUCUCAUUGCACAAAAGAAAAAUGAUAUUAGUAUAAUAGGCCUAGAUUUCAUUUCGUUUAAUACUAUGACAUACAAACGCUUAAAUAAUUCCUACCUGUUUCCUCCAGGGUCUCAGACUCCCCCCAUGUGGAAGCUUUCUACCCUACCCCUGUGUGGCUACUGCUGCUGUCGCCUCAUCCUGGGUUCACCGACUUCACUUUAUGAAUGCCUGGGGCCAUCGCUCGCGGAGCAAGCCCUAUUCUCUCCCAAUAAAGGUCCCCGGCAGCGCUAUCCCCACAGCGAUUUACAGAAAAUAUGACCUUAAUUUGGAAGACUACAUGAUGAAAAAAAUAUUAUUCCCUACAUCAAUGGAAGAAGCGUCUAGUGUUCAAAUGACACCUGGAACGCAUUCUCCAGACCCCGUUUCACAGUGAAGCCUCGGUGGAGUGAGUGGAACUGAAAAGCUACUUGACUUUUGUCUCAGCCUCAAGUUCUUCAAUGUUAUUGCAAUAGCUUAUAUAAUGUUUUACAAUAAUGUGUUGUGUGUAAUCUGGUAAUCUGAACCACUAUCGCCAAAAUGUAAAAGCGGAUCUUAUUUUCUUAACCUGGUUUGUUGAAGUAAUGAGAGCGAGUCACAUCAAAACUUCAGGAAUGAAAAGGAAUGGCUCAAAGUGAAGGAAAUGCAAAAUAGGCUACCUCGUAUCAAUAUAUCCUCGAAAUAGUCCACUCAUAAAAUACACUUAAAUCCACUCACAAUUUUUGGUCAAAAAGGGACGAAUUUCUUUUUCAUUCAUUCAGGAUUCUCUUGCAGGCUCUUUUACAUUUCACAGAAUCUUCACACUGUCUGGUAUCCGAAACCACUGUGUUUUUUCUAGUCAUAUAAAGGCUUCCUAGUUAUGAAAAAAAAUCUAAACUUGUUUGGAGAACUGGAAAUUAAUAUUUCAGUAUACAGUAUAAUGAAUUGACUUUGGCAACCUGCAGCCCUGCAAUUAUAAUCAAUAUUUCAUGAAAAUAAGUACUCUGUAUUUUUUCUUAUCGGAGUUUAUUACGCUAAAUUAAUGAAAUGAGAAUAUAGGGAAUAUGUUUGUCGAAUGUGCAGCACUUGCUGAACAAGGAUAAUGUCUAAAUCUGUGCUUAUAUGUGUGUCUAGAAAAUAUGUCAGAACGUGUACAUUUUUGUAUUUGCACUAAUUUAUCUUAGAAAUGCAUCUUGUAAAAAUACGAGUUAAUAAUGAGUGCAAAGUAAGAAUUUGGAUUCCUCAAUAAAUGACGAUUACACUGA